CACUGGUGGUUGGUGACUGAGUGCGUCGGCGGCAGCGGGGGGAGGGACGGGAGCGGACAGGACUGGACGGCGGAGCAGGAGCAGGAGCAGCAGGAGAAGGGGAGAGAGAGAGACAGAGUAGACAGGACCGCAGUUGCAGGAUCUUGCAUUUUAAUGAAGUGAAAUGGAAGAAAAGCCCAAUUUUCCUAAAAGGAACAAGGAACUGGUAAUUGGCAACGACGAAGCUAAUUGGAGGGGUACUGUGCACCAAGAAAAUCACUUUACACCUGGAAGCCACUCGAAAAUUUUUAACAAAAGAACAGAAAUCCAAAAGCAAAGGGAAGUACAAGAGAACAAUGGUCCUAGUGCAAGGAAGUGUGCUCAAGUUAUCGUGGGCAAUCCAAACACAGCCACAAGAGUUGCUCACAGUCCUGGGACUCGUUCCAAAGAUGGACGCAGAGAAAAGAGUAAAAAGCGGGUAUCUGGUGUGGAACAAGGUUCUGUAGCUCAGAACAAAGAGAGGAAGUGGAAGGAGAAUGCUUCUGAGUUGAGAUAUAAAUCUCUGCCAAAAGACAAUGACUAUAGUAAAACUGAAUGGAACAGGUCUCAAAGUAAUGGUGAUAAAGUCAGGAAUGCUCGAAGGCAACUACAUAAGGAAUAUGUAAACAAUGAACUAUUUGGAAAACAAGCAGAAGGACAAAAGAAAUCAAAGAGAACAAAAACAAAUGAACAAGUGCAAGACUUUACAAUAGUUACAGAUGAAUCCAAAUUAACAAAAGAAGAUCAACUAGAUCUGGCUGAAGAAAGGCUCAAAGAAGAUUCUAUCUUCAGACUCAAGAAGCGUGCACGAAAUUGUCCAUCUGCAAAGUACACAUGUAAACUUUGUGAUGUGUUGAUCGAAUCAGAGUCAUCUGCCUACAAACACAUUAAGGAGAAAAGACACAAGAAGUGCCUAAAGGACAUACAAGAAGAGGGAAUGCUUGCAAUGCUUCCAGCGCCAAGUCCAUCACAAGUCAGAGCAAUUGAUGCUGCCAUUUACAAGAUUGUUGAGGAGGACGGCCUAACUGAGGGUGACGUGAGAAAAAGACAUGAAAUUACCAGAAAAAUGGAAAAUGUUCUGCAGCAUUUAUUGCCAGACUGCUCACUUAGACUCUAUGGAUCCUCUUGUACAGGAUUUGGCUUUAGAGAUUCUGACCUUAACAUUGAUAUUCAAUUUCCAGUUUAUAUGAAUCAACCAGAUGUGCUAUUGCUAGUUCAGGAAAGCCUCAAGAAUAGCAUUUCUUUCAUUGAUGUUGAGGCAGAGUUCCAUGCCAGAGUGCCUGUCAUACUAUGCAGAGCCAAGCAAAGCGGCCUUUUAUGUAAAAUAAGUGCAGGCAAUGAAAAUGCAUGGCUCACAACUUGUCACUUAGCUGCCUUGGCAAAGUUUGAACCUUCUCUUACUCCGUUGGUUAUUGCCCUUAGAUCUUGGGGAAAGCUUUGUCACAUUGAUAGCCCAGAGGAAGGAGGGUUGCCACCCUAUGCUUUUGCUAUAAUGGUCAUAUUCUUUCUUCAACAAAGGAGUGAAUGUGUGCUACCUGUGUAUUUUGGAUUGUGGAUUGAAGGAUUUUUGGUAGACAACUUGGCCAACUUCAGUCUUAAAGGGGUAGAAAACAAUGAGGUCAUUUGGGAAUACAAACCAAGUGAGGAAGACGUUUCAUUUGGAGGAAAGGUUCCACUCGUCUUUGAUAAAAAUCAACAAAGGACUGUGCCUGUGGGACAGCUGUGGGUCGAACUACUUCGAUUUUAUGCAAUUGAAUUUUCAGUGACAUAUUUCGUUAUUAACAUACGAAGCAGAGACCCACUUUCUCGGGAAGCUAAAGAAUGGCCCAAAAGGAGAAUUGCUGUGGAAGAUCCGUACUCUGUGAAGAGAAAUGUUGCACGAACGUUAAGUAGUCAAAUUGUUUUUGACUAUCUCGUUCACUGUUUACGAGCAACAUAUAAGUACUUUGCGUUGCCCAGAUACAAGUCAGCAAAAUUCAACAAAAGAAGCAAUGAAAAAGCUGUUUCUAAAGCAGCAUCUAUGGUUGAAGCAGGUCAGCAGGAAUUUGUUGACCUUUGUACGUCAAGGGCACUGCUACCAGAGACAACGUCUACCAGUUCAGCGGAAAUUCCUGAUGGAGAAUGGCAACAGAUCCACAAUGCUACUGCUGCAUGUAAUGAUGGUGAAAAACUAUCUUCUGAAAACCCCUACAGAAACUUGGAAAAGUUACAAGAAUGUGGGAGUAAAAGUUACAAAGAGGAAGAGUUGAUAACUGAUAUGCAAAAGUGCAGAAUUACUGGAGAUGACUUGCCCGAGGAUGAUGACAAUCAAUCAGAAAGUGAAGAUAAAAAUGAUAAUGAACUUCUGGAAAGUGGCAAUGAUGAAGAACUGUUUAAUAUGUCUGGGCAGCAGAAAAACACUUCAACAAUUGCCAGCAAGAUGUUAAAUGAAAGCAAAUGUAUGCAAUCAAUAGAAGCAGAUAAUGAGACCUCCAGUGAUGAUGAAAUGAACUCUUGUGUGAACCGCGUGAAUUGUUACAGAGAUCGCUUUAAUUCAGAAAAUCUUUCAGACUCUGAGAAUUUUCUGAAUCCUCAUAAUAUCGAGAGUGAUGAUGUUGAUAUUGAUGAUUCUAAUCAACUGGAAAUGAAAAAUGAUGAAAUCAGGUUAAAUGAAAUUAGAGAAAGUUCUGACAGUAUGGAUGAACUGCACAAUUUCCCUAAAAAGACAACACAGCACCAGAAAAGGCCACUAAACAGAAAUGAAGACUAUGAGGAAGAAGAUGACAUUGAUGAUGAUGAUGAUGACAUUGAUGAUGAUGAUGAUGAUGACUUGGAUCUGACUAUCACAACUCGAGUUCAUCUUGACAGUCUUACAGCUGAAGAGGAAUUUGAGAAUAUUUCCACAGAGUCUAGUCAGGAGGAUAACCCGUCUGAUGAAGAUGGAAUAAUUGAUGAUGAAUUGCUAAACUGGAAAGAACGUACACUGGAAAGAUUAAGUGAUGUGACUUCUCAGACGAUCACACAUACUCCAAGCAAGAAAGAAAAACAAGUUCAAAAUGAAAUAAAUAAGGAAGUUACUGUUGGAGAAACUAACGCUACUCUACUUGGAUGUGAAUCACAAUCGAGUGAUGACAACCUGUAUUAUGUGUUCAGUAAAGCGGCUUUUACAAAGGGCAAGGCUUCCAUAAUUGUAUGCAGUUUAUGCAAGCGAGAAGGCCACUUAAAACAUGAUUGUCCCGAGGACUUCAAAAAAGUUGAUCUUGAGCCAUUGCCACAAAUGACACCAAAAUUCCUGGAAGAACUUGACAGAGUCUGUAUUCAAUGUUAUUCUGACUUUUCUCCUGAUCGCCUGGAAAUUCAGGCACGUGAGCAUAUUCUGGUGAACCUGCAGGCAUUCAUCAGAAGAGAACUGGAUGCUAAAGUAAAGCUCUGCUUGUUUGGCUCUUCCAAGAAUGGGUUUGGUUUUAGGCAAAGUGAUCUUGACAUUUGUAUGACAUUUGAAGACCGGGAAACAGUAGAGGGAUUAAAUUGUAUCAAGAUUAUUGAGGAUUUGGCAAGAGUGUUGAGAAAGAAUCCAGGUUUAAAAAACAUUCUGCCCAUUACAACUGCAAAAGUUCCCAUUGUUAAAUUUUUCCAUGUAAGAAGUGGCCUUGAGGGAGACAUUAGUUUGUAUAACACUCUGGCUUUACAUAACACUGGACUGUUAGCUUGCUAUGCAGCAAUUGAUCCAAGGGUGAAAUAUAUUGGCUAUACGAUGAAGGUUUUCGCCAAGGUGUGCGAUAUCGGUGACGCAUCCAGAGGCAGCCUUUCAUCAUAUGCAUAUACUUUAAUGGCAAUUUACUUCCUACAGCAAAGGAAGCCACCAGUAAUUCCCGUCCUUCAAGAGAUGCAUCAAGGGACAAAAAGGCCAGAACACUUGAUCGAUGGUUGGAAUGUGUAUUAUUUUGAUAAACUGGAUGAACUGAAAAAUAAAUGGCCUGACUAUGGAAAGAAUAAAGAGUCCCUUGGAGAGUUAUGGCUGGGGCUUCUCAGGUUCUACACAGAGGAGUUUGACUUCAAAGAACAUGUGAUUAGCAUCAGGCGAAAGGCUCUACUCACAACCUUUAAGAAGCAAUGGACAUCUAAAUAUAUUGUUAUUGAAGAUCCAUUUGACCUCAACCAUAACCUUGGAGCUGGGCUGUCUCGAAAGAUGACAAAUUUUAUCAUGAAAGCUUUCAUCAAUGGGAGAAAGGUUUUUGGAACACCGAUUAAAUGCAUCCCAGUGCAAUAUCCCACAAUUAUGGAGUAUUUCUUUGAUCCAGAAAUUCUGACUGAGGGCAAGGGAGCUCCAAAUGACAGAUGCUGUAGAAUUUGUGGUAAAAUCGGACAUUUUAUGAAAGAUUGUCCAAUGCGGAGAGGCAACAAAGCAAGGCAGCGACAUAAUAUCGAUGAUUUUCAAACUCAUUUAUUACUUGAUGGCAAAUAUGAAAAAUACUUGGAAAAGGGAAGAAGGAUUAUUGAGAUAGAUUCUUCAAAAAAGGAAGUGCCGAAGCCACAACGGCAAGGUUUAAAAGAUGCUCCAGUACUAGAAGGAGAGUCAUAUCCAGAGGUUCGAACACCGAGGAAGUCAAAGGACGAUAGAGCAGCAAAUGAAAUGCUCAGGGACAGAACUCCCAGGCAGUAUCCUGAACAAAGGAAGAAGCAAGACGAGAGAGAUAAACGUUGCUUUAUCUGCGGGAAGGAAGGCCACAUCAAAAAAGAAUGUCCUCGAUACAAAGGAGAAAAAAGUGCUGAAAUUGCUGCAUGGGCAUCCUCCUCAACAUUCAACAUUGGGAAUGAGAACACCAAAGGAAAUGUGAAGAAGAAAAGACAGCGGGGAAAUUCCCAAUCAGGUGUCGGUAGUAAAGUCUCAGCAAAUUCAACUCAGGGAAGAUCUCCACAGAAAAAGAUGCAAUCAGAAGGAAUCUGAAAGGAUGCUGAAAAAAAUGAUUAAUUGUAUUUCAGUUUGAUAAUAAACUGUCACCUUUGUGCAAAUCCUCCUCAAUUCUCCCUCAGUUAAAGCAGCCUAGUAAAUGUUUUAUGCUUGUUCUUGAAAGAAUAGUAUGAUUUUAUGUUCCAUGAAAUGUUGUCUCACAGGGGUCCCUGAUCUUACUGAGUUUAAAUGAUUUUAAUUAGAACGUGUUCCGUGUUUAAAAUACUUUGUUGUGAUAUUAAACAUAAAUUUUGUGUAUUUUAAUUUUUGAUUGACCUAAUGCCUUGUGUAAAUCAACUUUACUAAUCAUUGUUCAAAUGAAAUAGAUAAGGUGGCACCUUAACUGUAAAAUUAUUUAGGCGCAAUUAAUGUAAUAGCAUAGUUCAGGUAAAUAUGCAUUUUAUUCCAUGGAAAACAUUAAAUUUUCAACAUUUUAUUUUGUUUUUCUUUUGGUGUGCCAUAUUUGCAUAUCUUAGUAAGGGGGAAGGAGGGAGAGUUUAUACAAAAAGUCAUUUUGGUACAUUUAUAAAAACACAAAUAUCACAACUCAAUCGUUCUUUAAUUGCAAUGGAUUUGCAAAACAGAAUAAGUGCUUCAUUGAUAUUGUUAAUAAACAAUCUUGCUCAUUUAGCAGGACCAAAUUGAUAGAUUCCCAUUUAUUCAGCUUGAAAUUAGAGCCAAAAAUAAACAAUUUGAAUUAUUGUAUCAGUGAUAUUUUUGUGUUGUUGGAUUGGGGGGAGAGGGGCAGGGAAUAUUGUCUGAAGAAAGCUACACAGUGACAUGUUUUGUGUAAUCCACUGAAGUAGUAUAUCAGAAAAAAAGGAAUCUUGAAUCUGCUUGAAACUGUUUGAUUGUGAUAUUUGUGAUUUGUUGCUUUUGAAUAGAUAUGUUUUUGAGGAUUUGCUGCUUUAAUUACCGAGAUGUUUUAAACAAUGAUGGUUGUAUAAAGAAAAUGUGGACAAGUACCUUGUAUUUGUACAUAUGUGGUAAAUGUACAUUCAAAAUCUCAACUGCUGUGCGUAAAGUCUUGUGAGAAAAAAUAAAAUUCUUAGAAAAAUUUAAACUCA